AUGUCUGAAUGCUGCUACGGUAACAAUAGCAACUACUACUAUUGUUGUUGCUGCUGCUACCACUACUGCCACCACGACCAGUACUACUACUACUACUACUACUACUACUACCACUACCACUACCACUACCACUACCACUACUACUACUACUACUACUACUACUACUACUACUACUACUACUACUACUACUACUACUACUACUACCAAGACCACUACUGCUACAAUGGUACCGCUGCUACUUCGUGCCGAUACUGCCACCAUUACUGA